AUGAGUUACGCAAAGAAAGAUGAAGAUGCAGAUAUGCCUGGCUUCAAGCUGGAUCGCACCUCUGUCUUUCAAGAUGCUCGCCUGUUCAACUCCUCCCCAAUAUCACCACGAAAAUGUCGAGCACUACUUACGAAAAUUGCUGUUUUGUUGUUUACUGGAGAGAAGUUCCCAACCAACGAGGCGACAACACUCUUUUUUGGUAUUUCGAAGCUAUUUCAGAACAAGGAUCCCUCGUUACGACAGAUGGUCUAUCUGGUGAUCAAGGAGCUGGCAUCUACUGCGGAGGACGUUAUAAUGUCGACAAGCAUCAUCAUGAAAGAUAUGUCGGUGGGAAGCGAUGUCAUAUACCGUGCAAAUGCCAUUCGGGCCUUGUGCAGGAUAAUAGAUGGUACCACCGUGCAAGGCAUUGAAAGGCUGAUCAAGACCGCUAUUGUUGACAAGACGCCAUCGGUCUCUUCGGCUGCCCUAGUAUCUUCUUACCACCUCCUUCCGGUUGCUCGAGAUGUCGUUCGAAGAUGGCAGAGCGAAACCCAAGAGGCCGCCUCGUCUUCCAAAUCCUCCGGUGGAUUUCUUAGCUUCUCAACCAGCGCACAGCAUUCUCUAGCAGCCUCUAACACCAAUUACAUGACUCAAUAUCAUGCCAUUGGUCUCCUAUACCAAAUGCGCUCGCAUGAUCGCAUGGCGCUUGUGAAAAUGGUGCAGCAGUAUGGUCAAGCAGGGGCUAUUAAAAGUCCGGCGGGUGUUAUGAUGCUGGUACGGCUGGCGGCGAAACUGGCAGAAGAUGAUCCAAGCCUGCGAAAACCGAUGAUGCAGAUGUUGGACGGUUGGCUCAGACAUAAGAGUGAGAUGGUCAAUUUUGAGGCGGCAAAGGCAAUCUGUGAAAUGCGAGAUGUAACGGAUGCAGAAGCAGCUCAAGCGGUUAAUGUGUUGCAGCUAUUCCUGACAUCUCCCAGAGCCAUCACUAAAUUUGCAGCCAUCCGAAUCCUCCAUAAUUUUGCAACUUUCAAACCUCAAGUCGUUGCUUCUUGCAAUACUGAUAUCGAGGCUUUAAUCUCGAACAGCAACAGAUCAAUAGCAACCUUUGCUAUUACUACGUUAUUGAAGACUGGCAACGAGACUAGCGUUGAUCGGCUUAUGAAGCAGAUAUCUGGCUUCAUGGCCGACAUCACAGACGAGUUCAAGAUAACCAUCGUGGAAGCUAUACGGACUCUUUGCUUGAAGUUUCCGAAUAAACAGGCUGCCAUGCUCGCUUUUCUGAGUGGAAUUCUGCGGGACGAAGGAGGCUAUGAAUUCAAAAGAGCUGUUGUUGAGAGUAUGUUUGACCUUAUCAAGUUCGUUCCUGGCAGCAAGGAGGAGACAUUGUCACAUCUGUGCGAGUUCAUCGAAGACUGCGAAUUCACCAAACUGGCAGUCAGGAUUCUGCAUCUGAUUGGUGUGGAAGGGCCAAAAGCGCCGCAGCCCACAAAGUACAUCCGAUACAUCUACAAUCGGGUGGUUCUAGAAAACGCCCUAGUCCGAGCAGCUGCAGUCACAGCACUGGCCAAAUUCGGUGUUGGCCAGAAAGACCCCGAGGUCAAGAGAAGCGUUACAGUACUUCUUACUCGGUGUCUUGAUGACACUGAUGAUGAGGUCCGAGACCGGGCAGCUCUGAACCUGCGGUUGAUGCAGGAAGAGGAUGAGGUGGCUGAGCGUUUUAUCAAGAACGACUCGAUGUUCUCCUUAUCCACAUUUGAGCAUCAACUCGUCAUGUACGUCACAUCCGACAACAAGAAUAUAUUCAGCAAAGCUUUCGACCUCUCAACCAUCCCCGUCGUCUCUCAUGAACAAGCACUCGCAGAAGAGCGCACAAAGAAACUUCACACAGCCACUCCGACUCUCAAAGCACCAUCGACAGGUCCUACCAAACCUCAAAUGAAUGGCGCAGCGGAGAGAGGAGCAAGCGCCGCAACAAAUACACAAAAAUACCAAGAAGCUUUCGAACGAAUACCAGAGCUCAGAGCCUAUGGGCCCGUUCUCAAAUCAAGUUCCGUUGUUGAACUCACCGAAAGCGAAACCGAAUACGUCGUCACAGCCAUUAAACAUAUCUUCAAACAACACCUCGUCCUUCAAUAUGACAUCAAAAACACCCUUCCCGACACCGUCCUCGAAGACGUUUCCAUCAUUGCCACUCCAGCCGAAGAAGAUGAACCCACCCUGGAAGAAGACUUCCUUAUUCCGGCCCCUAAACUCGCCACCAACGAGCCUGGUACCAUUUAUGUCGCUUUUAAGAACCUCGAAGAAGCUUUCCCCCCCUUCCCAAUCACCUCCUUUUCCAACAUCCUCAAAUUCACGAGCAAAGAAAUCGAUCCCUCGACUGGGGAGCCAGACGCCAAUGGCUACGACGACGAGUACGAAGUCGAUGGACUGGACCUGACUGGUGCAGACUAUGUAGUCCCUGCUUUCGCAGGCAACUUCGACCAUGUCUGGGAAGGUGUAGGCGCGAACAAUAACGGCGAAGAAGCGAGUGAGACGUUGCAAUUGGGCAAUGUCAAGAAUCUGAGUGACGCAGCAGAACAGCUCCCCCAAACCCUCUCCCUCCAACCCCUAGAAGGCACCGACGUAGUCCUCUCCACCAGCACCCACACCCUCAAGCUGUAUGGCAAAUCCGUGCGCGGAGGAAGAGUCGCCGGCCUGGUCAAGAUGGCCUUCUCGGCCAAGUCCGGCGUCACGGUCAAAGUGUCCAUCCGGGCGGAGGAGGAAGGGCUGGCGGCAAAGGUGGUGGCAAGUGUGGCUUGA